AUGAACCAACAAGGCGGUGACAGUGGCCAUGGGUGUGGGUGCGACUUAGUUCAUACAGGCAGCGGCUGUGACCACAAGAACGAACCGGUUGAGCACGGAGGUCAGGAACCCGACGACAACGAACACGAAGGCCACGGAAGUGAGCACCCACAGGCCACGAGCGCAGAUGAGGGUACCAUCACGGUAGCUCUCCCUGACCAACCCAGCCGUAAUCAAGACCACCCGUCAGUUCCUGGCCACGAUGGCGAAGAACAGAUACCUGAAAGGCAGGAAGCAGCACCGACGACAGCCAUCGCCCCGAAGCCCGUGAGCAAUGCUCACACCAACUUCGUCAAGGUAUCAACCCGCAAUGCCAAGUGCGAUCAGUGCGAGAAGCGGAAUACGUCUGUGAUGCAGAAGUGUUGCAGGUGCGGCAUGACUACCUGCAGCACAUGCCAUGCGAGGGGCAAGUACGAUUCUCGCCAUCAACUCGCUGAUCUGGAGCUCGAUUGGGUUGAUGAGCCCAGAGGUCGUCGGCGUCGGAAGUUCAACGGAGAAGGUGGCGAAACUGGCGGUGAUGCUGGUGGGAGUGGGAGUGAACGUGGGAAGCAGCGUGGUGGCGGCCUUCGCGCCCGCGGACUCGUCAGAGAAGCUGCUUUUUACGGAGAUGGUCCUGGUCCUGCUACUGCCAUGGGUGCUGCCGUGGAUACUGCUAUGGAGACGGGUACCACGGUUGAAGCAAGGAACACUGAUCGUGCUCGGGGUGGCGCCCUUCGUGCCCUCGGACUCGUCAGAGACACUGCUCUUUACGGAGACGGUCCUGAUACCGCCAUGGAGACGGAUGCUUCCGUCGAAGCGAAGAACACUGAUUGUACUCGUGGUGGCACCCUUCGCGCCCUUGGACUUGUCAGAGACACUUCGCUUUACGGAGGUCCUUCUACUGCCGUGGGUGCUGCCGUCGAAGCAGGGAACUUUGAUUGUGCUGCUGCUGGUGACACGGGCGAGUCAGGUCAAGCUGGAAAUCCAAGUGGUCUAGGUGCCAGUGCUGGUACUGCUCAGAACACCCAAGCCCCGGGGCAGAUCGUACAUGUAGCUGGCAGACAACCCGCUAUACGCCUUCCGAACGGCCGUAGAGCAUUACCGGCGAUCCGGCUUCGACUUGCGCCUGCGCCAGCUGCGCCAGCUCCGAGAUUUUCACGUGGAGGUCUUGCCAGAAACUCCCAUGAUGCUGUCCGGGGCCCCAAUGACCAGAGGGUCAAACGCGCAGGUCCUUCGGGCCCUCCUAACUCACGGCCGCUUAGUGCCGUUGGCUUCUCUCGACCUUCUGUCAAAGCAAUAGCAGGGCUCUCGUCUGUACCAUCCAGACCUCCUGCCAUAGCGGCAUCCGGCCCUUCGUAUGCCACCCCUGCACCUCCCGCAGCGUCGCCAUCCGGCCCCUCGUCUACACCCUUAGGUGGCCCUGCUCCUGUCGUCGAUGGCCUGUUGCCCAGUGCAGCUACCUACCGAUCUAUUUCCCAAUACUGGUCUGCCAUAGGCCAGCCCGAGAUAGCGCAGCGAUACGCCGACAUGGAACAGCAACGCCGUCAGCUGGGACGACAUCGUUGCCUGCCCCAGAGCGAGGAUUCCGGGCGUAUGCCGCACCCUCAGCUGAUGCAGUAUCGACCGGACAUGGCUAGAGAAAGUAACGAGCGAACCACGAUCACCGAACAGAGUAUUAGGUCCUAUCUCAUCAAUUCCGAUGGAACAAUAUCCGCCGUGCCAAGCAGCGCGGAGCCUAUAAUGUGUGCCCCGGUGGCUGACAUGGGCUACGAUCCCGGCGACCUGAUGGACGUCGACGGCGAACAAGAGCCAGUCCCACAGCGCGCAUCAGGCUCUGACCAAGCAGCCCCCAACAGCCAAUACACAGCUCGCAUGAGGCAUCUUCUCGACGAGUACCGCAACCUCAAUCGCAGCGGAGGACGAGGCCAAGAGCCGCUCAUCCAUCGGUCAGCUUCGGCAGGUCCAGGUCCAGUAUUCGGACUACCCGCCCCGCCGUCUCAAAACAUGGAGCAGCUCGAAUCCCGCCAACGCGCCCUGCAGUGGUCGCUCAUCGACCAGCUCGAGACGGACUGGAACGAGAACCCGGUCAUACAGAAUGUGAGACGGACCGAAGGCCCUCUCGCGGCUCUGGACUUGCUGGAAGCUUCGGUCGGGUUGGAGGUCAUUCGCCAGGGCUUACCCCGGGACUCCUUCUUGACCUUUUGGAUUGUGGGGAUGCGCUCGGCUCUGAGACAUAGAGCUCUUGGUACCAAGCUACACCUGCCGCGUUAG